AUUUUCAUGUUCUGGUUCCAUUUAUGGGCAGAAGUUUCUGAGCUCCCUCUGAGAUUUAUGGCUGCUGUUCUCAGAGGUAUUAAAACCAUCAGAGAGCUAUCAGACUUUCUGUAAAACUCCCGAAAUGUGGCUGAAAAUCUGAACUUCAUCUGAGUUUAAAUCACUCAGAAUAUUUUUAAACCGACCACAGAAUGUCGGGAUAAAUGGAACCUAUGAUCAGGAGGCUUUGGGCUGUAAAUUCUGCUGCUUCUAAUGAAUAAAAAUAUCAGAUUUAAAACGCUGGAGACGCAGCAGAAGUUAAUAUGCAGGACGAUCCUCCCACCUCCUCUCCACACAGACACGAUCCUCUGGAGGCUCAGAUUCAUCCAGACCGAGCUGAGGGCUGAACAGACAGAGAUCAGAACUCCUGAACGAUCUCCUCCAGCUGGAGAUAAACAACAAACUCUGGUUCUGUCUGAGGAGGGAAGAAGAUUUGGAGAUUUUAAAAUGGGACCUGAGUUUUUCCACCAAACCAAUCCGUGGAUUUUUAUUUUUUCCUACUUUCUGGGAUGAAACGCUUGUGAACCUCUGAUCUUCUAACACCUUCAGAUCAUGGAGCUGUCUUCUUCUCUACCUCCACCCUCUCCCUUCAUCCCUAACUUCUCCCUGCCCUCCUCCUCUCCCUCCAUCUCUCCAUCUCCCAGCUUGGCCUCCACGGUUCUGUUCUGCUCCCUGCUGUCGCUGCUCUCCCUGCUGGGGAUCUUGGGGAACAUUUACACUCUGGUUCUGCUGCUGAGGCGUCGGAGAGGCCGGAGGAGAAGAGGACUUCUGUCCAGACUUCCUGUCCCGUCCUGCCUCGCCGGCUCCUCCUCUCCUUCCUCCUCCCCCUCGUCGUCGUCCUCCUCCUCCCUCCACCUCCAGGUGCUGAGUCUGGCCCUGGCCGACCUGCUCUACCUGUUCACGGCUCCGUUCAUUGUGUACGACAGCCUUGGGUCCGGCUGGGCCUUCGGGGAGCCGGGCUGCCGGCUGCUGCUGAGCCUGGACCUGCUGACCAUGCACGCCUCCAUCUUCACGCUCACCGCCAUGAGCCUGGACCGGUACCGGGCCGUGGCCCGCCCGCUGCACGCCUCGUCGUCGUCGUCGGGUCUGCUGCGGGUGGGGGUGUCCUGGGGGCUGGCGGUGGCGCUGAGCCUGCCAAUGAUGAUCACCCUCCACCUGGAGGACGGGGAGGACCAGCAGGGCCGGCUCUGUGUUCCUGCCUGGGACGAGCAGAGCUCCAAAGCCUACCUCAGCGUCCUGUUCUGCACCAGCAUCCUGGGACCGGGUCUGGCCAUCGGGGCUCUGUACGCCACCCUGGGUCGGCUCUACUGGGUCUCCCAGACCCGGCCGGCCUGGGCCAGCGGGGGCGGCGUAGCCUGUCCCCCCAGAGCCCCCAAACCCAAAGUCCUGCUGCUCAUCCUGGGCAUCGUUCUGGCCUUCUGGGCCUGUUUCCUGCCCUUCUGGGUCUGGCAGCUGCUGCCUCUCUACCAGCCCGACAUGCUGCGGACGGUACCGGUGGGAACCCAGGUGACGGUGAACCGGAUCCUGACCGGACUGACGUACGGGAACUCCUGCGUGAACCCGUUCUUCUACACGCUGCUGACCGGGAAACGGAAACGCAACUGGCAGGCGCCAGCGUCGGCCAAGCAGCUCUGCAGGAAGAGCAGCCCGGACCAGUAGAACCCAAAACCGGACCAGCAGAACCGGACCAGUAGAACCCAGAAUCGGACUAGUAGAACCCAGAACCUGACCAGCAGAACUGGACCAGCAGAACCAGACCAGUAGGACCCAGAACUGUAGAACCAGACCAGUAGAACCAGCCCAGUAGAACCCAGAACCGUAGAACUGGACCAGUAGAACCAGACCAGUAGAAUCCAGACCAGUAGAACCCAGAACCGUAGAACCGGACCAGUAGAACCAGACCAGUAGAACCCAGAACCAUAGAACUGGACCAGUAGAACCAGACCAGUAGAAAUGGACCAGUUGAACCCAGAACCGUAGAACCGGACCAGUAGAACCGGACCAGUAGAAAUGGACCAGCAGAACCCAGAACCAUAGAACUGGAUCAGUAGAACCGGACCAGUAGAAAUGGACCAGCAGAACCCAGAACCAUAGAACUGGACCAGUAGAACCGGACCAGUAGAAAUGGACCAGCAGAACCCAGAACCAUAGAACUGGACCAGUAGAACCGGACCAGUAGAAAUGGACCAGCAGAACCCAGAACCAUAGAACUGGACUAAUAGAACCGGACCAGUAGAAAUGGACCAGCAGAACCCAGAACCGUAGAACCGGACCAGUAGAACCGGACCAGUAGAAAUGGACCAGCAGAACCCAGAACCGUAGAACCGGAUCAGUAGAAACAGACCAGUUGAACCCAGAACUGUAGAUCCAAGAACCGGGUCUGAGGGAUGUUGGGACAUGAGGGCGUUUAGAUUAAAACUUUAGAACUCCAGAACCAAAGACCCUGGACUCGGUCUGAAGACUGAGGAGCAGAAAUGAGGAAAGCACUUUGUAGAAAAACCAGAAGUAGCAAAACGACAAUCUGAGUCAGAAAACGUCUCCUGAUGAAAGUAUUCCAAAGUAGAGCUGAAAGAUUUAAAAAAAAAAACAUCUGAGGAGGAAACAGGAAUCUUAAAAAUGACUGAUAGUUUUUCCUUUCAGCUGCUGCUGUUUAAAAUCAGUAAUCUUUCAGUUCUUUUUCAACCUUUAAUGAUAAAACAUUUUAAAAAUGCAGCCAGAGACCAAGUUUACAGGAAAAUUUGCUUUAAAACGUUUAAAUUAUUUGGUUUUGCAGCAACUUUCAUUGAUAUCAGUCCUGCAAAAAUAGAUCAGCUGAAGUUUUUUUAAAAAAUUGCAUCAGCUUAAUUAGACAAUAAUUUACCAAAAAAGACUCUUUCAUGUCAAAGUGAAAACAGAUUUCUACAAGGUAAUGUCAGUUAAAUAAGAAUGUCAAACAUAAAAUCAGCAACUGCUUAAGUUUUAACCCCUCACCACAUUUAACACUAGAAAUCUGUUCUCACUUUUACACCAAAGAGUCUUUUUUGGGGGGAAAUUUUAGUCAAAAAGUUGAAUUUCCACAAUAAUUUACAAACAAGAUUCUUUCAUGUCAAAGUGAGAACAGAUUUUUAUAAAAUGUCAGUUAAGUAAAAAUAUAAAACAUAAAAUUAGUGAUUGCAGAAGUUUUAACUCCUUUAAAGUAACUCAAAACUUUCAAUCUGUUCUCACUUUGAUAUGAAAGAGUCCUUUUUGUUAUAUAUUUAUGUAAAUCUUAAUGCAUCUUUUUGAUUAUCAGUCAUCCUCUCCUUGAUUUCUAGUAUUUGGUGUCAAUAUUCACCCCUUUAGAGUGACGCACCACAUUCAAUACUAGAAAUCUGUUCUCACUUUGACAUGAAAGGCGCUUUAUUUAUGUAAAUUAUUGUCAAAAAAGGUCAUAUUUUGUCACAGAGGUCUUUCUAAUAGUUGUUCAGCCCUUUUUAAAACCAUGAAUAAUAAAUCAUAUCACAUAUUUUGGUGACGGCAGGUUUACACGAUGAUAAUCAGCUUUUUAAAUGUUUAAACUAAUGUUUUUUGCAGCAUGACAAAGGUUUUUAAAUGCCGACUGGAGAUGAACGUUUCAUCCAUAAACUGAAUAUUUCAGGAGAACCAGGAAGCACUUCUGCUUGAAGACGUUUGUUUUCGGUCUCGUCUAGUCGAGACUUUUCCGUUUGUUGACUCAAUGGAUUUUGUUUAACCGUCUUUAGUUUUCUGUCCUGAACUCUAAAAUCUCUGGAAGAGUUUUCUUUUAUUCUAAAAAUCUUAAAGUUGGUUUGAAAUGUUCUGAUUGUUGAGAACAAUGUGGAGCUUUGCCUGAUGUUUCUAAUAUCUGAUAAUAAAAGAACGUCUGUGUGUGAUUCUCUGGACGUUUAAACUCGA